UGCUGUCGAUACGUGCAAUGUUUGCUACCUCGCAAAUAAUAUUGAGUAAUUGUUUGUUUACAAACAUAACCAGCGUUCAGCAGCGGAGAUAGAGGAAAGACGUUUCAAGCAUAAUCCAAUGGCAACUGACUUCAAAUCAAUUCCCGUCAUAGAUGUUAGUCCUCUGCUUGCUAAAUCUGAUGAUGCAAACAUGGCUAAGGAUGCUGGUGUAUGUGAGGUUGUGAAACAACUCGAUAUAGCAUGCAGAGAGGCUGGCUUUUUCUAUGUGAAAGGCCAUGGCAUCCCAGACUCCUUUUUAAAGGAAGUCAGAGAAGUCACCCGUAAGUUUUUUGACCUUCCUCUUGAAGAAAAACUCGAGAUCAAGUUAUCUGCUGCAACAGGAUAUAGAGGCUAUCAAGAAGUUGGAGACAAUAUAACCAAGGGUGUGCCUGAUGUGCAUGAAGCUAUCGAUUUAUACAGAGAAUUGAAGCACGGAAUGUACGGAGACAUGGGGAAACCAAUGAUAGGACCAAACUUAUGGCCAUCCAAGCCUCAGAACUUUAAAGCAGUGAUGGAGCAUUAUACUGACCUUUGCACAGAACUUUCUAGGAAGAUUAUCCAAGGUAUUUCCCUAGCCUUAGGUGGAUCAGUCAAUGAGUUAGAAGGGCGUAUAGCAGGCGAUCCAUUUUGGGUCAUGCGUUUGAUUGGUUAUCCUGUGAUCUCGAGGGAAAAUGGGCAUAGCGAACUUGGAAAUGACAUUGGAUGUGGAGCUCAUACAGAUUAUGGUCUUCUGACGCUCGUCAAUCAAGAUGAUAGCAUAACAGCACUACGGUGUGUUGAAGGUUCGGAAUCAUUCAGGAGAAUGGAUUUGGGCUCCUCCAAUUUCUGGGACAUUUGUUUGCAACAUUGGCGAUAUGUUGAAGAUUCUUACCAAUGGAAUGUACGAGUCCACUUUACAUCAGGUCAUUAACAAGUCUCCCAAAUAUCGUGUUUGUGUUGCCUACUUCUAUGAGCCAAAUUAUGAUGCAACAAUUGAGCCUUUGGACAUUUGUGUACAGAAGACCGGGGGAUCAAAAAACUUGGACAAGCUGUCUAUGAGGAACAUUUAAUGGGUAAAGUCACAACUAAUUUUCGAUACUAAAAAAAAUUGUACAAUAUAAACAUUAGAGUUUUAUGGCCAUAUUGUACCUAAAGAACAAAUUGUGCCAUCUCAUUUAAUAAAUGACCAAAAAGUGGUACUACAAAUAGCCCAAGUUCUUGAUGUUCAUUUACAAGUAUCUUAUGUUAUUGGGCCGGAUGAUUGUACUACUGUAUGUACUAUGUUCUAGUGAUCUAAUUGGAUGAAAGAUUCUCUUCACAAAUUGUUGUCAUA